AUGAAACGAUCAUCCUCUUCAAACUCUGAGUCACUAUCGCACUUCGAAUCACCUCACUCUCCUCUCCGUUUCGAAUCCCCUCUCCAAUCUGACCUAGGCGACCCUCCUGAAACCCCUCCCUACCACUCUCCGAUCGCUUCCCCGGAGAAACCACAACCUCUGGUUCAGAAUUCCACGGCCGUCGUGGCCACCGACAAGCCUGCUCAGUACUCCCCCGCACUUUCCCCUAUUCCGCCGGAUAACCUCGCGGCGCCUCCGCAGGGGGUGCCGGAUGCGGUGCUGAACAGGGCGGUGAGGGAGCAGGGACCGACUGCAGGAGUGAGGAAGGUGGGGCCGGAGAGGAGGGCGACGGCCUCGUUUGUUAGGGGGUCGAGGAAAGAAGAGAAGAUGAGGAUUGGUGAAUUAGGGUUUAGGGUUAGUGAGAUUGUUUUGUGUUUGAUAUCUUUUUCUGUUAUGGCUGCUGAUAAGACUCAAGGUUGGAGUGGUGAUUCCUUUGAUCGAUAUAAAGAGUACAGGUAUUGUUUGGCUGUAAACGUGAUUGGGUUUGCGUAUGCGGGAUUUCAAGCUUAUGAUUUAAGCUAUCAUAUAGCCACCGGGAAACAUGUGAUGCGACACCAUCUUCGUCAUCACUUUAAUUUAUUCAUGGAUCAGAUACUAGCAUAUCUUCUGGUAUCAGCAUCAUCAUCGGCAGCUACUCGGGUUGAUGACUGGCAAUCUAACUGGGGCAAAGAUGAGUUCACAGAGAUGGCAACUGCUUCUGUUGUCAUGGCCUUCCUGGCUUUUAUUGCCUAUGCUGGUAGCUCCCUUAUCUCUGGUUACAAUCUAUAUAACCGCGAUGCACUUUGA